UUGUAAGCCUGGAGAGUCGUUCUUUGCAUCUGGCAACCCUGGUUCGGGAAGCAGAACAGCGGGUCAACGAUCUCACCGCGCAGGUGGUGAACGAGGUGCCCGACGCGGAAAGCUUAGAAAAAGAGAAACAGCUGAAGGCCUGGGAAUGGCGCUACCGGCUUUACAAGCGCAUGAACGCCGGAUUUGAGCACGCACGAGUUCCAGAUCCACCUACAAAUGUCCACCUUUCAGUGGCCAGCAGCACCUCUGUCGAAGUGUCAUUUCAGGAGCCUUUAAGUGUCAAUUCAGCGAUUGUCACCAAAUACAAAGUCGAGUGGAGCUGCUCUCCUUCUUUUUCCCCACCGCUGGGCGAAAUGGUGAUUGACAAGCUGAAAAAACUCCAGAUCACCAUCCACGGCCUUGUCUCGGGUACAGCUUAUUAUGUCCAGGUGUCUGCCUAUAACAUGAAGGGCUGGGGAGCCCCCCAAACCUCCCUACCAGCCUACGCCAUCCCCUCAAAACCAUGUAAGAACCAACCCCAAAGUAGAAAACAUUCUGUCUCCAAAAGUCUCAAAUACCUCUUUCAUCCUGGUAGCAAAUUUUUAAAGGCCCUGAAAAGGGGUCUCUAUCUCGCCUCCAUUUUCUACAAGGAUGACAAUAUUCUGGUGACCCCCGAAGACCAGAUCCCGGUGGUGGAGAUUGAUGACACCUAUUCCUGCUUGCUUAUGCAGGAUUUCCUCUGGUUCACCAAGGUGUCGUGCAUGUGGGAUGAAAUCAUGUGGCUACGACAGUGCGUUUCCGUCUCCCAGUCUUCCUGUUCAUGCGUUCUCCAAACGCGCUUCAAGAUGCUGCUGGCCAUCUCACAGAUGCAGGGUCUGCUAGGAAUCCAAGACCUGGGUCAGGUGUUCUUCGAACCCAUCAAAGACAAGCAGGGGAACAUUUUGGUGGUCACCCUAAAAGAAGUGAAGACCACCCAGACUUUUGAGAGCGUUCGCUGGGUCCCUCUCUUGAAGCUGCAGACCACUCGCAAGUCAAUUUCUUCCCCCGAAGAACCUACAGCUCUGGAUGUCCUUCUCAUGACCAUGCAGGAGAAAUUAGCUUACCAUCAGAACAGCAGCCAAGCACUUCACCCUGGACUUUAUCUGGGUUACCUGAAGCUCUGCAGCGCAGUUGACCAGAUCCGAGUACUGGUGCCUGAACAAUUACCCAACAUCUUAUGUCAUGUGAAAAUACGGAGCAAUCCCAACAUAUCUCGAGAGGAAUGGGAAUGGCUGCAGAUCCUGGCUAGCAUGGAAGACCCCGUUCCCUCGGAGCAAGAACUGGAAACUUCUCAGCAGCUUUUUCUGCAGGAGCUCCAAGGGGCCAUCAGAGAGUUGAUGCAACUGGUCAACAUCCCACUCCACGAGGCCAAAGAUUUCCGCCUGUACAGUCAGGAAGUUCUGGACUUUGGAAGGCACGUCUCCUUUCUUCUACUUCUUCCUCCUUCAGACGAUGUGUGUACUGCCCCUGGCCAGAAUAACCCUUACACCCCUCGGACUGGCUUCCUCACUCUCCCUCUUCAGAUCUUCGAGCUAGUUCACUUCUUCAUUUACGAUCAUGAGUUCAUUAGUCAGUAUUGCCAAGUAUCUGCAUUUCUAGAGCUGGAAUCGCUCCUCUCUCAACAGAGCCUCAGGGAGGCCUUUUCGGACUCAGAAGUAACUACUGCCAAGCAGCGGCACCAACAAGUUCAGGAUUAUAUGCAGCAAAUGGAAGAGAUUUGGCGAGAAAUGCGUUGGAUGAUGGAUGCCUUGCAACAUGCCCGGUACAAGCAACCCUCUUGUGGCCUCCCCCUUGUGUGGUUCAUCAAAGAAUCGAGCACAGCACAAAAUGAGACAACUCAGUCAACCUCUUCUCACUUAGACUUCCUUCCCUCGCCAAACCCGUCUCCUGAAAUGAGCCGUAAGCUCAACUCUGACUCGCACGGGGUCUCGGAUGAGGAGGGCUCCUCAGAAGUGUUCUUAGCCACUGACAGCGAUUAUGACUCCAGCAGCGCCCAGAGCCCUCGGGAACUGGACCUCGUCUACUCAUCCUCAGGCCUCGAAUGCUAUAGGAGGAGAACUCCCCGCCCUCUGAGGGACAGCGCCCCGGACGUCCUCCAGAGCCAUGAGCUCAAGGCGCCUGCCAUGCCUCCGAAGGAGCCUCCGUCCCUCUCCGAGCAAUACGACAGUGAUUUUGUGCUUCCCAGCCGGCAGAUUGAAUUGCUGCGCAUCACGGAGAAAAGGCAGGCCUACUGCGUCCGGACCAGCAGUCUGGAUUUCCCCAAGCCCUUUUGCCACGGGGCCAGGAAGUCUUGCCCUGGUUCGGUGGACAGCUCCCCAACCGAGAGCAGGACUGCUGCCCACUGCAGCCCCGUGCCAACCGUAACGAGGUCGGCUUUCAGCUCCAGCCACGAUUGGCACACCGAGAGCUCGGGGGCCGUGUUUCGGACACGUUCAGUAGAAUGGACUCAGACCUUCCGGGAGACCUCUGAGCCGGGACAUGUAGCAAACUGGGUCAGAUUGCCAGGUUCUUUCAUCGUACGUGUGUGCGCUCAGUACAACACGGGGCUCUCCAAAGAAACCAGCGUCAAGCUGCCCCUCACUAACAAGAUGUCGGCAGAAGACGUGGUGAAGCUGGUGGUCCAGGAGACGAACGAGGUCUCGCGCAAAGUCCUGGGAAAUGCCAACUCUGUCUGCUACAGCGAAGAGCAGUUGGGCCACUUCGCACUAGUGUUCGUAUCGGAUGACGUGGAACAGUGGCUCCCCAGCAAUUUUCUCCCCCUCUCGCUCCAAAAGACCUGGCCCAACGGGAGGUUCUACGUCCGAAUCAAAGACACGUCCCCUCUCUUGUUUCGACCAAUACUAGUGCCUUUUCCAACAUGCGAGGUGUUAGUUUACAGAACUAGUGGGAUUUACAGCAAGAACCAGGAUCUUGAGGUGGCCAAGUAG